GGUGAGUCAUGUGACACCCGUUGUUAAGGACAGGGGUUAACGUCCGGGUAUCUCCGUAACAACAACAAGAGCAGAAGGCACCGCCCCUUACUCUCCUCCCUGUAGCUGCCUCCCUCCACUUGUUUUAUGGCCACGCCCACUUUUCUUAUUGGCUGCCGCUACGCCGUAGGGUUGUCGUCGUUCCAGUGUGAUGCUAAAUGGUCCGAAAGGCUGUCAGUCUUCCUGACGUCACAAAGGAGAGGCGUGGCUUGGAAGCGAAUUCGGGUUGCCAUAUUUAAAGAUGGAGAAAGCUCAUAUGCCAUCAGUCUGAGGUCUGGAGGUUUCCUCCUUUUACUUCUCAUCCCCAGUUUUAUAUCCUAUGCAAUGUCAAACAAAAAGGAACCUCCAUUUUUUAACAAAGAUAACAUUGGAUCGUUUCACUGUAAACUACCUUUCUACGAGACGAUGGAGCUCUUCAUUGAAACUCUUACAGGGACUUGCUUUGAACUGCGGGUGUCGCCAUUUGAAACCGUGGUUUGCGUAAAAGCUAAAAUUCAGAGGCUUGAAGGCAUUCCCAUCGCCCAGCAACAUUUAAUUUGGAAUAACAUGGAACUAGAAGAUGAGUUUUCUCUAAAUGACUACAAUAUCUCUGAAGGUUGCACUCUGAAGUUGGUUCUGGCAAUGAGAGGAGGUCCGAUUAACACUCGGAGAGUACCACUGGAUGACCCGGUUAGAGACAUAGCUGAGUACAUGGACCCUGUACAAGAUGAGAUGUGGGAAAAGCCCCCCUCAAAUAAGCAGGUUACGUUUUUGGUAUACCGUGAAGGAGAUCAACUGAAUUUCUUCCGUGUAGUGGACCGAGGGGACGGGACCCUGACACCACUAUCAGAAUCUCUCAGUGGAGGUUCGGUCUAUAAUUUGUACGCUGAAGAUGAUGAUGAAAUUGAGGCCUCUCCAUCUGGCCAACAGAUUAUAGAAAAUUCCAUUACUAUGAACAAAAUGAAGUUGUUGAAAUCAAAGAUGGAGAACAUGAACCUCAAUAAAAAGCCGAAGAAGUCUUCUAAGUUGAAACCCCGACCUCCUAAUGCUCCACGGCCUACAAAUGGUUCAAUGGCUUCUGCCCGUCACAGGCUUUUAAGAGUUCUCCCCCACAUUGGACAAACUAUUCUACCUCCUGGGAACCCAUAUGUCUCUGAGUCUUCCCACAAUGCACUUUCUACCCUUACUGCUGCUACUAGGACAAUACCUUCUAUCACUAGUGACUUUCUCAACGAAGAGGGGACCUGGGAAAGCUCCACAUUAAUUCCAUCACUCGCUAGUAUUAAUUUACCUCCAAAGUUGUCACGUGUAGAACUAGAAAAUACAAGUCAUUCAGCAAAUACAGUCCUCUCCCCUGUUACACCUUUGCCCAAGAAAGCGGUGACAAAAGACAAUGACCCCAUCCUUCAUCAAAACCUAAACCUCUUCUCUCCUGAAGAUACAUCGAGGUCAAUAUCCGAAUCCUUUGCACUGUUAACUGAGGCAGGGCCUUCUGAGCAAUAUGGAGAACUCUGCAGCUUGACAAAAAUUCAAUCCGAUUUUGAAUUUACUGAAGGAAACAAAGAGGCCUCCGCAAUUGAGUCGCACCCCACCACGCUCACCAAAUCACUGAACUCGGAUUUGAUGGAGACCUCGUAUAUUAAUACGGCUGAGCUAAGUCCACCAAGAAGCAAGUUUCUGUCACCCAUUCACUUCUCUCCGCAGUUAAAUGAUUCCACCUUCUCCAAGACUCUUCAGCCUAAAUGUUUUGAUUUGGGAAGCCUGAGGCCCCCAGCUUCACACAGUCAUUUCCAUUCUCUGCAACUCCAAAACAUGGCUGCUCCUACCGUUUCUAGAACUGCUAGAUUUAGAGGCGUGAAAGUGGAAUCUCCUGGGAAGCGAUCAGAUGUGAUUUCCAAAAUGGAAGCUAGAGAUAUGACAGAGUUGGUUAAUAAAGCCUCUAAAGAACCCAUGGGGUCAAUUAAUAACUUCGGAUUUUUUGCUUCGCUGGCUCGAAGUUCAAGUAGGGACAACAUAAGCAGCUCUGGCAAUCUUGGAGGAAUACGAAAUCUUGUUGCUCCACCAACUACCUUCCAGGAAGAGAAGAUAUCUGUACAUGACACUUUGAACAUUUUUAGUACGACUCAUGGACAGAGUGUGAUCAAUACAAACUGUGGAAAAAGCGCAGUUGAAGCCACACAUCUCUUUCCUCCUGUUAAGCCCGCUGUCCGGAGUAAGAAGAAGACAAAGCACUGCUUUCUCUGUGGGAGGAAAACUGGCUUGGCGACUAGCUAUGAAUGCAGGUGUGGGAACAAUUUUUGUGCCACUCACCGUUAUGCUGAAACUCACAGCUGCACCUAUGACUACAAAACAGCGGGUAGGAGGUAUCUACAAGAAAGCAAUCCGGUCGUAACGGCGCCAAAACUCCCUAAGAUCUAGUUGUUCAUGCUAUAUAUGCCCUAACAACAAGAAAAGUUUCUUUCGAAUCAUGAGUUUAUUUUUGUCUUUCCUCUAUGCUAAACGUUUGCCAAGUUUCAAGCAUUCAUUCCAUCUUAUUGGAAAAAAAUGUGAAAAUGUUUUAAAAAAAGAAAAAUCACGCACUGGCAUCUCUUCUAAAUCCACCUUUUUGUGUUAAGUUUUAAAUUUGGCAAAAAAAAUGCUGUUUCACUAGACAAAUCUUACAGAAGAUGCACUUUAUUGAAAAAAAAUAUAUUUACUGUAUGAUUGGGGGAAUACAAUGAUAGAAGUCAUGUAUCUGUUUGUUUAGUCUUUUUAUUAUUGUCUGUUUUUGUAUGGUUAAAUUAUUUCCUUAAUAUGCAAAGGGGGAUGGGAAUGUGAUAGGGUGCCGCCUGGGAAGCGGAAAAGGUUCCCAAUCCUGUACAGAGCCAUAUUCCAGCUGUCUGAAUGCAGCCUUAUUGGCUUAUCUGUCAGUUCGACUUUGUGUUUAAUAAUAUCAGCUGCACAAGUUUUGCAAUGAAGUGUUCCUGUUACAAUGCCUCCAGAUUGGGCACUUUUAUUCUUUUGUAAUCAUUAAUUUUUAAACUUCAGGGUUUUUUCCUUCUAAAAUACCGAUUUGCUGUAAAAAAAUUAAUAAAUAUUGUCUUUUAACAGG